UUUCCUGCGCUGUGGCUGUGUCACACGUGUCGGAGGUUUGUUUCUGCUUUCGGUGCUGGAAUAUUGGAGUGGCAUUGUUGUAGUGAUCAAAAUGCCCAAGGUGAAAGCCGAGAAGAAAUCUCGGAAACACCAAGAAGUGAAAAGUCAAGGGAUUGUGUUCAACACCGGUAUCGGUCAGCAUAUUCUGAAAAAUCCGCUGGUGGUCAACGCCAUUAUUGAGAAGGCAGCAUUAAGACCCACAGAUGUUGUGCUGGAAGUGGGACCUGGAACUGGGAACAUGACCGUGAAGCUUCUGGAGAAGGCCAAAAAAGUAGUGGCUUGUGAGUUGGACACGAGGCUCGUAGCUGAACUUCAGAAGAGAGUGCAGUGCACACCAAUGCAGACAAAGCUCCAAAUCUUAGUGGGUGAUGUUCUAAAGACAGAACUGCCAUUCUUCGAUAUCUGCGUAGCAAACCUACCCUAUCAAAUAUCAUCACCUUUCGUUUUUAAACUGCUUCUUCACAGACCUUUCUUCAGGUGUGCAGUGCUGAUGUUCCAGAGGGAGUUCGCUAUGCGGCUCGUGGCAAAACCCGGAGACAAGCUCUACUGCCGCCUGUCCAUCAACACCCAGCUGCUGGCCAGAGUGGACCACCUCAUGAAGGUGGGGAAAAACAACUUCCGGCCUCCCCCUAAAGUGGAGUCGAGUGUGGUGAGGAUAGAACCCAAGAAUCCUCCGCCACCCAUCAAUUUCCAGGAAUGGGACGGUCUGGUCAGAGUUGCAUUUGUAAGAAAAAACAAAACACUGAAUGCAGCUUUCAAGUCUUCGGCAGUUGAGCAGCUUUUGGAAAAGAACUACAGAAUUCACUGCUCUGUGCACAACUUGGAAAUCCCACAGGACUUCAGUAUUACUAAGAAGAUCGAGGCCGUCCUUCAGGAAGCUGAUUUCGGUGAGAAGCGGGCGCGCUGUAUGGACAUAGAUGACUUCUUGGUACUUCUUCAUGCAUUUAACUCAGCUGGGAUCCACUUUUCCUAAAGCAGAAGACUGUAAGCGCUAAGCCAAGCCCAGUGUAACUGGACUGAUCCAGCUGUUAAACAUCUUUUUGGUGUUUCUUCCCUUUGUGCGUUGGCAAGCACGUACUGUAUGUCAGAUGAACUUCUUUGGCUAUAAGGAUUGAGCUGGAAAAGCCACUUUCCAGAAAUGAGACCUUCACAGGGAGAUGCUGGGUGGAUGAAAAGUUCAGGAUUGCCCAGAGCUAUGAUGCAUGUGGCAUGUUGUUUCAGUAGGAAGAAACAUGUAAUGCCCGUGAUGAACACAACACAAUGAUAUCCAUGAAAAAGGCUUGUCUGUUAAAAUUAAAUUUAAUUAUUCCCUACUGA